AUGGCGGUGAGUGGCGGUAUACGGCAGCGGCAACAAUUCAGUGGGGCCGUCCUCCUCACGGACCUAGACGACUUCAUCGCCCCGUCACAGGAGUGUAUAAAGCCAUUCAACAUUGAAAAGAAAUCUGGCACUGUUGGUAAAAUCCGUGUUGAAGAUGAUGGUAGUUAUGUCCAGAUAAAUGAGUCUGGAAGCCACAGCAAACUAAAGAAAGCCAAAAUUACGCUAAAUGAUUGCCUUGCAUGCAGUGGGUGCAUCACAUCUGCUGAAAGUGUUUUGGUCUCUCAACAAAGCAGCGAAGAGCUUUAUAAAGUGCUAAAUGAGAAUGUUCGACGACAAAAGGAAGGCUGUGAAGCAGACCAGAAUCUGGUGGUUGUCUCUCUAUCUCCACAAACUCGAGCUUCCAUGGCUGCAAAAUAUAAAUUGUCUAUUGAGGAAACUGCCCUGAAACUGACUGGCUUCUUCAAAAAUUUAGGUGUGGAUUAUGUAUUUGAUACAACGUUUGCCCGUAACUUCAGUCUAAUAGAAAGUGCUAAGGAAUUUCUUGAACGUUACAAAACAGCUGAGAUUGAAAAGCCGUCAUUACCAAUGUUGGCUUCUGCUUGUCCAGGUUGGAUUUGCUAUGCUGAGAAGACACACGGUUCUUUCAUUCUUCCUUAUAUUAGUACAACGAAAUCUCCUCAACAGAUAAUGGGUUCAUUUGUGAAAGACUUUCUUGCACAGACACACAAUAAGCAACCCAACCAGGUUUAUCAUGUGACUGUGAUGCCGUGCUAUGAUAAGAAAGUAGAAGCCUCUCGCUCGGAUUUUUACAAUGACCUUUACAGCACCAGAGAUGUUGAUUGUGUCAUAACAACAGAUGAAGUUGACUUGAUGCUAGAAAAAGAAAACGUUUCCUUACCAGAUGUUCCAAACCAUGAAUUGGAUUUAGUAGAUCCAAAUGGUGAAGCCUACAAAAUUAUCAACCAUGAUGGCGGUGGCUCUGGAGGUUAUUUGAAUUACAUUCUCAAAAAUGCUGUCAAGAAAUUGUUUGAUAAAAAUGUUGACCAAUUGGAACUUAAAACUUUGAGAAAUAUUGACAUGAAAGAAAUAAUAUUGACAUCAGAUGAUGGCCAAGAAUUGAAAGGAGCCAUUGCCUAUGGAUUUCGGAAUAUUCAGAAUAUUGUCCAGAAAAUAAAGAGAGGAAAAUGUCCCUACCAGUUUGUGGAGAUAAUGGCUUGUCCCUCUGGUUGUAACAAUGGCAGGGGUCAGAUCAUGCCUGACCCUGGGUCUUCUGAGACGGCUAAAGACAGAUUGAAGCUGGUGAAUGAACUGUACAAUUCUAUUGAAUGUGUUCAGCCUGAACAAGUUGAACAUGUAGAGAAGCUUUAUAAUCAAUGGCUAGGUGGAGCUGACUCUGAGAAAUCAAAAACACUAUUGCAUACGCAAUAUCAUCAUAUAGAAAAGAAUACCAAUGCUUUAGCAAUGAAGUGGUAA